ACCAGCUCCACCAGCACCAGUGUGCCCAGUUCCACCAGCACCUCUGUGCCCAGCUCCACCAGCUCCACCAGCACCAGUGUGCCCAGCUCCACCAGUUCCACCAGUACCACUGUGCCCAGUUCUACCAGUACCACUGUGCCCAGUUCCACCAGCACCAGUGUGCCCAGCUCCACCAGCACCAGUGUGCCCAGCUCCACCAGCACCAGUGUGCCCAGCUCCACCAGUACCAGUGUGCCCAGCUCCACCAGUACCACUGUGCCCAGCUCCACCAGCACCAGCGUGCCCAGCUCGACCAGCUCCACCAGCACCACUGUUCCCAGCUCCACCAGUACCACUGUGCCCAGCUCCACCAGUACCACCAGUACCAGUGUGCCCACCUCCACCAGCACCAGUGUGCCCAGCUCCACCAGUACCACCGUGCCCAGCUCCACCAGCACCAGUGUGCCCAGUUCCACCAGCACCACUGUUCCCAGCUCGACCAGCACCAGUGUGCCCAGUUCCACCAGCACUAGUGUGCCCAGCUCCACCAGUACCACUGUGCCCAGCUCCACCAGCACCACUGUGCCCAGCUCCACCAGUACCAGUGUGCCCAGCUCCACCAGUACCACUGUGCCCAGUUCCACCAGCACCAGUGUGCCCAGCUCCACCAGCACCACUGUGCCCAGCACCACACCAACCAACCCUGGGACCACAAGAACCAGCACCCCCACAGUGCCCAGCACCCCAACUGGGACC